UGAAAUGGCGUUCAAAGUAGCAAUCUUGUGUCUUGCUGUCCUCCUCGGCAGCAAUGCCUUCCCCAUCGAGGAGGAGGAGCAGGACAUGUCCAUCUUCUUCGACCACACGGACCCCACGGCCCGCAUCGUGGGAGGCACCAACGCCGGGAACGUGCCCUACAUGGUGGCGCUCACCACCGGCAGCAUCUCCAGGAGCUUCCUGUGCGGCGCCAGCAUCGUGACGCGCAGGACCAUGCUCACCGCCGCUCAUUGCAUGCGGGCUGCCGGCGGAAACAACCCUAGCAACUCCCUGCGAGGAACCGUCGGAACCAACCGCUGGAACAGCGGCGGCGUCGCCCACAACUUCCAACGCGGUAUCAUGCACCAGCAAUACAACCACAACCAAAUCAAGAACGACAUCGGCAUCCUCAUCACCUCUUCCAACAUCGCUCUCUCCAGCUCAGUUCAGCCUAUUCCCAUGAACUACGACUUCGCUAACGCUGGCCUCCAGACCAGGGUCACUGGCUGGGGAAGAACACAGGCUGGAGGUUCCCUAUCUGCAACUCUGCUGGAGCUCCGUCCCGUCGUCUUGGACGGUAACCGCUGCGUGCAGGACCUCGCCCGUCGCGCCCAGGAACUCAACAUCCGCGCGCCCCCCGUAGACCCUCGCGUGGAAAUCUGCACCUUCCUCGCUACCGGACGUGGCACUUGCAACGGAGACUCCGGCAGCCCGCUGGUCCGCGCUGACCGCGGCCAACAGAUCGGCAUCGUCUCCUGGGGCUUGCCGUGCGCCCGCGGCGCGCCGGACAUGUUCGUGCGCGUCAGCGCCUUCAGGAGCUGGAUCAUAACCAACACCGUAUAA